CUGCCAUCGUCUCACCUCACCUCGGCAUAUUUUCCACCAUGUCAGACGAUACACCGCUCCCAAUCCCGGACAUCUCCGUCCAACAGCACCUCUUCACCCUCCUCUCUUCCCGCGCCACAUCAGCCCAGCAGUCCACUUCCCGCGAUGCCAUCCUCGCCGCCGUGCGCAAGGACAAGAUGACGCCCUACUACUCGUCCCUGUUUACCAUUCCGCAAGUCAUCGAGUCUGGUCUGCUCAAGAAGGACAACGCUCUGCUCAAGGAGCUGCAAGAGGCGAACGAUGCAGACCUCAAGGCAUUCGAUGAAGAGGAGAAGAAGAAUCAGGAGGAAGAGGGAGAGCUCGAGGUGACUGCCGUGAAGAGGAAGAGGGCAGUCUACUUUGCGCAGAUCGGUGACAAGGAAAAGGCAAUGGAGGCACUUAAGGCAUUGUCCUCAUCGCCGUCGGUUCCAGUGGGGUCGAGGAUCGACAUGGCCAUGACACAGAUCAGAGUGGGUCUGUUCUUUGGCGAUGCGCACGCUACCAGCCAGAGCAUCGAGCAGGCUAGAAUUCUCGUCGAGAAGGGCGGCGACUGGGACCGCCGGAAUCGUCUCAAGGUCUACGAAGGUCUCCACCUCCUCUCCAUUCGAGACUUCAAGAAGGGCGGCCAGCUCUUCAUCGACGCUCUCCCCACUUUCACAGCCACUGAGCUGGUCAGCUUCCAAGACUUUGUCGGCCUCACCGUCCUCUCCAAUCUCCUCCGCUUCGGCUGGGCAGGUCAGCGUGCCGAGCUACGAAAGAAGGUCAUUGAUUCGCCAGAGGUCUUGCAGGUCAUUGAUGAGAUGCCAAACAUCAAGUCUCUCGCAAGCAGUCUGUACAAUGCAGAGUACGCCCAGCUCUUCAAGUCUCUCGCUGAGGUGGAGCAGAACCAGCUCCUGCCAUCGAGACUACUGCAUCCUCACUCCCAGUACUUUGUCAGAGAGAUGAGGAUCAUUGCGUAUGGACAGUUGCUGGAGUCGUACAGGUCACUGACACUAGAGAGUAUGGCGAGGGACUUCGGUGUGAAGAAGGACUUCAUCGAUGCGGACCUAGCAAGGUUUAUUGCCACGGGUAGGCUGACGGCAGUCAUCGACAGGGUGCAAGGGGUAGUAGAGACGAGGAGACCAGACUCAAAGAAUGCCCAGUACGCAAGGAUGAUCAAGGAGGGCGACAUUGUGCUGAGUGAGUUUCAGCUCGAGUCGACAGGAGGCCAAGCGAUCGACUUGAAACUCAAAAGGCUGACUUGCUUUGCGUCUCUCCCCGACCCCCCGCUUCCACUGACAGACUCGUUGCAGAAGCUCAGCAGGACCGUCUUGUAGAUGUGCCAUUGAUCGUCGAUGAGCGAUCAGUUGAGAGAACAAUAUAC